CGUGGACUUCGACCGUACUGGCAUUCGGUGUUUAGUCUGGCGAAUCGGUGAUACCGCCAUGAGGAUCUCCACUUUUGCGUCAGUAGUCCUUCUGGCCAGUUUCACUGGUGCGCAACAAACGGAAACUACCAUCAAUGUCUUGCAAGAAAUUUAUCACAGAUGCGCAGAUAGCGAAUCAAUGUUAUCUUGCGUUAAACCGAAAGUGUUGGCUUACAUCACCGAUGCCGUGAAACAAGACAAAUUAGCAAUUACGGAAGAUUUAGCGGUAGUUAAAUCUCAUGAUGCGCCAGAGCAUAAAGCAGAAGAUCACUCUCCCUCACAUUACGAUACCACCGAUCCAUCCAAGAGAAAACUCUUGCGAACAUUGAUGCUCGAGAAAUUGGACACGUAUUUGUCAAGCCAUCAGCUUGAGAUUAAACUACCAACAGCAAUCGUGGGCUCCAACAUUGUUCCCAGAUCUUUAGUUGACAGCAUUCCAAAAAGUCUUACGGUCCCUCUCAGUGAUUCUUCUGAUGAACAAGGCCGCGGUUUCGUCAAGAAAGUGAUGAUACCGUUCCUACUUGGUCUUAAGUUCAAAGCCACCGCUUUGGUACCUCUUGCUCUCGCUCUCAUCGCCUUAAAAACGUGGAAAGCACUGACUUUGGGUCUUUUAUCGAUGGUUCUCAGCGGAGCGAUGUUGAUCUUCAAAUUGACUAAACCGAGAGUCGCUUACGAGGUUGUUCACUACGGACAUCCACCUGUAGAACAUCCGCCUCAUUGGGAUUCUGCACCCCAAGGACCCUAUAGAGCCUAUAGGAAAUAGAAUGAUAUACAAAAUUGAUUGCUUUAUCAUUAGAGUAGAUUUAUUUAAUAUUUAUUCAUUAUCAAUGUUCCACCUGAAUUAUUUAUGUAAAAUAAAAACUUUUACAUUAUUUCA